GCUGACAACCUUAUGUAUGUACUUUAUUAUUUACUUAUGUAACAAGGGUUGCCUUUUUUGUUGUUUGGGAUGCCAAUGGAUUUGUUUCAACAACUGACUUUCGUUGACUGGCAACAACAAUCUUACCCUACCGUUUCUGAUUUCUUCCUUCUUCCUUUCUUUGCUCUCUUCUUCCCUUCCCUUCGCUUCCUUCUUGACAGGUUCCUUUUCCAGAAAGUGGCCAUACGAUUGAUUUUUGGAAAAGGACAUGAAGUGCUUGACUUUCAGACAGAUGAAAGGAGAAAGAAAAUUAGCAAGUUUAAGGAAUCAGCGUGGAAAUGCGUUUAUUUUCUAUCGGCAGAAAUGUUUGCUUUGUCUGUAACAUAUGAUGAACCUUGGUUUACUGAUACAAAAUAUUUUUGGAUCGGGCCAGGGAAUCAGAUAUGGCCGGAUCAAAAGAUUAAAUUGAAAUUGAAGGGGUUGUAUAUGUAUGGUGCUGGAUUUUAUUCAUACUCCAUACUUGCUUUAAUAUUCUGGGAAACAAGACGCUCUGACUUUGGAAUUUCCAUGACACAUCAUGUUGCAUCUCUCAGUCUCAUCGUACUUUCGUACAUUUUCAGGUUUGUUCGAGUUGGAUCAGUUGUUUUAGCCCUUCAUGAUGCUACAGAUGUGUUUCUGGAGAUAGGGAAAAUGUCAAAAUACAGCGGCGCUGAAACAAUGGCUAGCUUUGCUUUUGUUCUUUUCGUUUUGUCUUUCACCAUCUUGCGUUGCAUUUACUACCCAUUAUGGGUUCUUCGAAGUACAUGCUAUGAAGUUGUCAACACCUUGAAAUUGAAAGAGCAUUGGGUGGAUGGUACAAUAUAUUAUUAUGUAUUCAAUACUCUUCUACUCUGCUUGCUUAUUCUUAACAUUUAUUGGUGGGUGCUGAUGCUUCGGAUGCUAGCUGGUCAAAUUCGAGCAAGGGGUAAAGUUAGUGAAGAUAUUCGAUCAGAUUCUGAAGAUGAAAAUGAACAUGAAGAAUGAGAAUGAAAAUAAGAUUAAUUAUUGUCACACUUUCUGAAAUGGUAACAAUUUCUUACACAUGCUUUGGCAUGUGAAAAUUAGUGUAUAUAAACUAGAAACAGUUUGUUCAGAUUAUAUCAGCUAGCAGUACAUCAUAAACUAGAAAAUUAGUAUAUAUAAACUAGAAACUGUUCUUACAA